AAAAAAACAAAAACAAAACAAAACAAAACAAACAACAUCGGAUCUACGAAGUACGAACGGGGAGACCUUUAAAAAGUUCUCCGAAGAAACAAAAAAAGCCCCAAAUCUUUCUCAUAAAUUCUUAAACCUCCCCAGCAUGGAUCUCAACCCGCCUGCUGGAGAAAAUUACGCCAACCCGAAGACAUGUCUCUUUCAUGUUGUUUUCAAGGCUGCAGCAUUGGCAUUUUACAUCCUUUCUGCCCUUUUCGUUAAUAACUUUGUCAUCAUUUUUGUGGUGACUGUUCUUCUUGCUGCUCUUGAUUUUUGGGUAGUCAAGAAUGUGAGUGGGCGUAUUUUAGUUGGUUUACGGUGGUGGAAUGAGAUAAAUGAUCUUGGUGAGAGUAUAUGGAAAUUUGAAUCGCUUGACCAAGAGUCAUUGGCCCGCAUGAACAAGAAAGACUCUUGGCUGUUCUGGUGGACCCUAUACCUAGCGGCAGCUGCAUGGAUCUUGCUUGCAAUAUUCUCUCUCAUAAGGCUUCAAGCUGAUUAUCUCCUCGUUGUAGGAGUUUGUUUAACCCUCAGUAUUGCAAAUAUUGUUGGCUUCACCAGAUGUCGCAAAGAUGCUAAACAGAAGAUUCAACAAUUUGCUUCCCAGACCAUCGCAUCUCGGGUCUCAUCCACCAUACAAUCAGCAUUCAGUGUUGUCUGAGUCACUCCUUGGGGAAGAUGGAAAUAAAAUGGAAAUACAGCUGGGAAAGAGUGAAAAAGACUUAGAGAAUUGGAAGAGGCAGCAUGUACAUGCUCACUAUAUUGGCCAUUAGUUGGGAUCUUAUUUAACUUGUGUACUGUACAAGGCAGCAGCUUGGAAAUUUUGUUUACUUGUAUUUUUAUAUUUUUUGUCCAGAAUCUGUAAUGGUUUGCACGAAGAACAUAUGAAAUGCAAUAGUAGAAAACCCAUAACGCUAUUUUGCCUGUAAAUCAUUCACUUAAUUUUAGUUUUGGGUUUUCAGUGGACUAAGGGCCUGAAAUUCAAGGAUUUGGCUUAGGUGCGGUGAAAAAAAUUACAAGAGAUUUUUUUGUUGUU